AUGGCGACCGGAACGGUUCCAGCUUCUUUUACUAGCCUAAAGAGCAAGGAAAAUGGAUUGGGCUUCGCUAAAAGCAUGGAUUUUGUUAGAGUUUCUAAUGCACAGAGGGUCAAAUUUCGUAGAACCAAGUAUUCUGUGAUCAGAAGUUCUAAUCCUGGCCAGGAAACUGUUGAGCUAGAGCCUGCAUCAGAAGGGAGUCCUCUAUUAGUUCCGAGACAAAAAUAUUGUGAAUCCAUCCACAAAACUGUCAGGAGAAAAACCCGCACUGUAAUGGUUGGAAAUGUGGCCCUUGGUAGCGACCACCCUAUUCGAAUCCAAACAAUGACUACUUCGGACACUAAAGAUGUUGCUGGGACAGUCGAAGAGGUAAUGAGAAUUGCUGAUAAAGGAGCGGACAUAGUCCGAAUUACAGUGCAAGGGAAGAAAGAGGCAGAUGCCUGUUAUGAAAUUAAAAACACACUUGUGCAGAAAAACUACAAUAUCCCUCUUGUGGCUGAUAUCCAUUUUGCUCCUGCUGUUGCACUGCGAGUUGCUGAGUGCUUUGACAAAAUUCGUGUCAAUCCCGGAAAUUUCGCUGACAGGCGAGCUCAAUUUGAGCAGUUAGAGUACACUGAAGAAGAAUAUCAGAAAGAGCUUCAGCAUAUUGAGGAGGUCUUCACUCCAUUAGUCGAGAAGUGUAAGAAAUAUGGAAGGGCGAUGCGCAUUGGGACAAACCACGGGAGCCUUUCAGAUCGUAUAAUGAGCUAUUACGGGGAUUCACCUAGAGGAAUGGUUGAAUCUGCAUUUGAGUUCGCUAGGAUUUGUCGGAAAUUGGACUAUCACAACUUCGUCUUUUCGAUGAAGGCAAGCAACCCCGUUAUCAUGGUCGAGGCAUACCGACUUCUUGUAGCGGAAAUGUAUGUCCAAGGAUGGGAUUAUCCCUUGCACUUGGGAGUCACCGAAGCUGGUGAGGGUGAGGAUGGACGCAUGAAAUCUGCAAUUGGAAUUGGAACACUUCUACAGGAUGGUCUGGGUGACACAAUUCGAGUUUCACUUACUGAACCUCCAGAGGAGGAGAUUGACCCCUGUAGAAGGUUGGCAAACCUCGGUACAAGAGCAGCUCAACUCCAGCUAGGAGUGGAACCAUUUGAAGAGAAGCAUAGACGUUAUUUUGAUUUUCAACGCAGAACAGGGCAAUUGCCAGUACAAAAAGAGGGUGAAGAGGUAGAUUAUAGGGGCGCCCUGCACCGUGAUGGUUCAGUUCUCAUGUCUGUUUCCUUGGAUCAGUUGAAGACCCCAGAGCUUUUAUACAGAUCUUUGGCAGCAAAACUUGUCGUCGGCAUGCCAUUUAAGGAUCUGGCAACCGUGGAUUCAAUAUUAUUGAGGGAGCUCCCUCCUGCUGAUGAUAAAGAUGCAAGGCUUGCUCUUAAAAGGUUGAUAGACAUAAGCAUGGGUGUUAUAACACCUUUAUCAGAGCAGCUAACAAAGCCUUUACCCUAUGCAAUGGUUUUGGUGACUCUCAAAGAAUUAUCAAGUGGAGCACACAAGCUCCUUCCGGAAGGUACCCGCUUGGUUGUGUCUGUACGUGGUGAUGAGUCGAAAGAAGAAUUGGAAAUUCUAAAGAGUGUUGAGGUUACAAUGAUUCUCCAUGACGUACCCCACACUGAAGAAAAGGUUGGCAGAGUUCAGGCAGCGAGGAGGCUGUUCGAGUAUCUUUCUGAGAACUCUCUUGACUUCCCGGUGAUUCAUCAUAUUCAAUUCCCUAAAGGAAUUCACAGAGACGAUUUAGUCAUUGGGGCUGGAAGCAAUGCAGGAGCCCUUUUGGUAGAUGGGCUUGGAGAUGGGGUCUUAUUAGAAGCUCCGGACCAGGACUUUGAAUUUCUUAGAAACACAUCGUUCAAUUUGCUGCAAGGCUGUAGAAUGCGUAACACAAAGACGGAAUAUGUGUCAUGUCCCUCAUGUGGACGAACUCUAUUCGACCUUCAAGUGAUAAGUGCAGAAAUAAGAGAGAAAACAUCCCACUUGCCUGGUGUUUCGAUUGCUAUCAUGGGUUGUAUCGUGAAUGGACCGGGGGAGAUGGCUGAUGCAGAUUUUGGUUACGUUGGUGGCGCUCCAGGGAAGAUUGACCUUUAUGUUGGAAAGACGGUGGUAAAACGAGGAAUUGCAAUGGAUCAGGCGACCGAUGCUUUGAUCCAGCUAAUUAAAGAUCACGGGCGCUGGAUUGAGCCUCCUUCAGAAGAGUAA